GGAAGGGAGCCUAGGAAUGGAAGCCUCAGGGGCCCCACCAGCUGGCUUCGGGGAGCUCGAGGUGCUGGCUGUGGGCACAGUACUGCUGGUGGAAGCUCUGUCGGGCCUCAGCCUCAAUGGCCUGACCAUCUUCUCUUUCUGCAAGACACCAGAGCUGCGGACUCCCAUCCACCUGCUGGUGCUGAGCUUGGCCCUGGCCGACAGUGGGAUCAGCCUGAACACCCUCGUUGCCGCCAUAUCCAGCCUCCUCCGUGUCUCCCGCAGGCGCUGGCCUUACGGCUCCGAGGGGUGCCAGGCUCACGGUUUCCAGGGCUUCACCGCGGCGCUGGCAAGUAUCAGCAGCAGCGCGGCCGUCGCCUGGGGGCGCUACCACCACCACUGCACCCGCGUUCAGCUGGCAUGGAGCACAGCCAUCGCCCUGGUGCUCUUUGUGUGGCUCUCGUCUGCCUUCUGGGCAGCCCUGCCCUUGCUGGGCUGGGGCCACUAUGACUAUGAGCCCCUAGGGACAUGCUGCACCCUGGACUAUUCCAAGGGCGACAGAAACUUCACCAGUUUCUUGUUCACCAUGGCCUUCUUCAACUUCCUCAUACCCCUCUUCAUCACGCUCACUUCCUACCGGCUCAUGGAGCAGAAAUUCGCAAGGAGUGGUCAUCUCCAGGUGAAUACCACUCUGCCAGCCAGGAUGCUGCUGCUCGGCUGGGGCCCCUACGCCUUGCUGUAUCUAUACGCGGCCAUCGCGGACGUGAGCGCCAUCUCUCCCAAGCUGCAGAUGGUGCCGGCCCUCAUUGCCAAAGCAAUGCCCACGAUCAAUGCCAUCAACUACGCCCUGCCCAGCGAGACGGUCUGCAGGGGAAUGUGGCCGUGCCUCUCAGCACGGAGGAGCAAGCAGGACCGAGCCCAGUGA